CCUUCCUUCCCCCCCCCCCCAGAUCUUUACACUUUGGUACCGCCCACUUUGGGAACCACUGAUUUAAACACUGAAACAGAAGCUAAUCGCCUUGUAUUCGGCUGCAACUUACGUGAGGAAUCGCAAACAUUAGCUACACUACAACGACGAAAGAGACAUCAGUGAAGCUAUCCAUCCUAAGCAGCAGGAGGAGCCAGAGCGACCUCACCUUAAAGAGGAAGGUGCGGGCAAAGAGCUCCAUCGCUUCAAUGAACUAAUGGAGCAGAAGUUUCUUUGCACCAUAAAAGAGGAGAAAGAACUGGAGCAGCCUUGUAAUAAAGAGGAGGGAGAGGACUCCUGCGACAUUAAAACAGAGGGAGAAGACACCUACGAUGUGAAAAAGGAGGAGGAGGCCUGCAAGAUGCCAUUGACUGGUGUCCCUUUCAAGAGUUUAGAAGAGGGUCAACAUGAGAUGAUCAGAGAAGGUGAUGGAGACGACUGUGGAGGAUCACAAGCAGCUCCACCAUCAGAGAGUCAUGACGUGUCGUCACAUGUUCCUGCUCCUGCCGAGUCUCAAAACAAACACUGGCAAUGUUCCCAGUGUGGAUUGUUUCAUGCUAAUAGCGAAGGUUUGAAAGAACACACAAAGAAGAAGUUUUCCUGCUCACUUUGUGGCCAAAUAUUCUGUCAGAAGAGAACCUUAACAAAGCACUCAAGCACUCACACUGGCGAGAAACCCUUUUCAUGCUCAGAUUGUGGGAAAAGAUUUUCAGCGAAGGAAAGCUUAAAAUUUCAUACACGAAUCCACACUGGUGAGAAACCUUAUUCCUGCUCAGUUUGCGGCCAAACAUUCUCUGUGAAUGCUAAUUUAAAAACCCACACAAGAACCCACACUGGUGAGAAACCUUUUUCAUGCUCAGAUUGUGGCAAAGGAUUUUCACGAAAGGAAAGUUUAAAAAGCCACAUAAGAACCCACACUGGCGAGAAACCUUUUUCAUGCUCAGAUUGUGGCAAAAGAUUUUCAGAGAAGGGAAGCUUGACAAGUCAUACAACAAUCCACACUGGUGAGAAACUUUUUUCAUGCUCAGUUUGUGGCAAAAGAUUUUCACAAAAGGAAAGGUUAAAAAGGCACACAAGAACCCACACUGGCGAGAAACCUUUUUCAUGCUCAGUUUGUGGGCAAAGAUUUUCAAUGAAGAAAACCUUAAAAAUUCAUACAAGAAUCCACACUGGUGAGAAACCUUUUUCAUGCUCAGAUUGUGGGAAAAGAUUUUCACGAAAGGAAAAGUUAAAAGUUCAUACAAGAACCCACACUGGUGAGAAACCUUUUUCAUGCUCAGAUUGUGGGAAAAGAUUUUCACUGAAGGAAAGCUUAAAAGUUCAUACAAGAACUCACACUGGCGAGAAACCUUUUUCAUGCUCAGUUUGUGGCAAAGGAUUUUCUCAAAAGCCAAAGUUAAAAAGCCACAUAAGAACCCACACUGGUGAGAAACCUUUUUCAUGCUCGGUUUGUGGCAAAAGAUUUUCACUGAAGUCAAACUUGAAAAUUCAUACAAGAAUCCACACUGGCGAAAAACCUUUUACAUGCUCAGUUUGUGACAAAAGAUUUUCACAUAAGGUAAGCUUGACAAUUCAUACAACAAUCCACACUGGUGAGAAACCUUUUUCAUGCUCAGAUUGUGGGAAAAGAUUUUCAGAGAAGGCAAGCUUAAAACUUCAUACAAGAACUCACACUGGCGAGAAACCUUUUUCAUGCUCGGUUUGUGGCAAAAGAUUUUCUCUCAAGUCAACCUUGAAAAAUCAUACACGAAUCCACACUGGCGAAAAACCUUUUACAUGCUCACUUUGUGGUCAAGCAUUCUCUUUCAGGGUAAGCUUCAUCAAGCACACAGGUACCCACACCUAACCCUCAGUCAGUUGGCAAAAAGUCUCUAUUGAGAAUUCCGAGUGUGUUGGGGAGAUGAGCAAGGAUCCAUGAAGUUGAACAAAAAGAAUUUGAACAGACUUUAUGCAUCAAUCAUGAUUCUAUUGUAUGUACCUUUUGAUUGCGAUGCUGAACUCCUUUCUUUUACUACAGUGUUUUAACUUUAGAAAUUAAUUUGAAAAUAGAGUUAACCGGCCUCGGCAUGAUCAUAGUUUUGUAUUUUGCAUUAUACUUGAUGUUUAUUUUGUUUUUAGUUGUGAUUUCUUUUAACUGUAAUUGGUUUUAAUUCAUAUUCAGGGCGAGUUGCUUCGUUUUUAUUAGUGUUAAGGGUUUUGUUGUGCUUUUCAUGUGAAUCAAUAAAUUGAAAAUUAAAUUCUUCUCAAAUAUGAUCCUAAUUUAA